AUGCGUGCCACAGUGACGUACCAGCAGUUCUUGCGCAAGGACUUCAAUCCACAGCAGUACGCGAGCACGGUGCUCAAGGCGGCCGACCAGUCUCCCUACGCCCUCCCGUCGGCCCUCGAAAAGAUCUCCUCGGGCAUCCAGAGCCUCAACAAAGAGCUCAAAGUGCAGUCUGCGAAUCAGCACGAGGAACUGUUCCGCCAGGUGCACACGAUCAGGCAUCUGGAGGACAUUCUCGCACAGGUGACCGGCGGAGUGGAUUCGCUGCAGAGCGCCAUCACCAGCAUUCGAUCAGAACUCUCUGAGCCGUUCCUCUUGAUUCAAGCCCGCACCACCCAGCUCGAACGAGUCCAGUCGAGCUGUGACGUGCUGCGGCAGAUCACGCGGUUCCUCUACCUGGCCAAGAAGCUGCGCUCACACCUGGACACCCAGCGCCUGCCCGAAGCUGCCGAGUGCCUGUACGAACUCGAGCAAAUUCGCAAGACGGCCGACCUCACCGGCAUUCACGUGGUGGACAAGGAGACGCAGUGGAUCAUGAAGGCGGACGAGGACGUGACGAAUGGCGCGUCUCUCAUGCUGAUCCAGGGCAUGGAGACACAG